UGGUUUGAGAGAGUAUCUAUGAUGGUUAUUCUCUUAAACUGCAUCACGCUGGGCAUGUACCAGCCCUGUGUGGAUAAGGAUCCUUGCGUUACCAACAGAUGUAGGAUACUUCAGACGUUUGAUGAGUUCAUAUUUGCCUUCUUCUCAUUGGAGAUGACGAUCAAAAUGAUUGCCAUGGGAGUCUACGGUCGAGGGGCGUACCUAGCAGACUCAUGGAAUAGAUUAGAUUUAUUUAUAGUUAUUGCUGGAGCUGUGGAAUAUGGGUUACCUAGUUUUAAUAACAUCAACCUCUCACCUGUUAGAACCAUCAGAGUCCUUAGGCCACUCCGGGCUAUCAAUAGGAUACCAAGUAUGAGAAUAUUGGUGAUGCUGCUGCUGGAUACGUUGCCCAUGUUAGGCAAUGUCCUUUUGUUAUGUUUCUUCGUGUUUUUUAUAUUUGGAAUUGUUGGCGUCCAGUUAUGGCAAGGCGUAUUGAGACAAAGAUGUACAUUUAAUACAACGUUAUAUCCUAACAUUACAUCAAAAUGGCCCAAAGAGGUUUCAUACUAUUACAAGCCAGUCGAUACAGACUACAUCUGUAGCAAAAGUAACUAUUCCGGGAUGCAUACCUGCCACGAUUUGCCGCCGUUUCUAAACGGUACAAUCGAAUGUACCCUCACCUACGAGGAGAAACAGUUGCCCGAAUAUGCGGAAGAUCAAUAUUGCAUCAACUGGCACCUAUACUAUUCCUCGUGUUCGGAUAAUCACCUGAAUCCAUUUCAGAACACGAUAUCCUUCGAUAAUAUCGGAUUAGCCUGGAUCGCUAUAUUCCUGGUUAUAUCUUUAGAAGGUUGGACGGAAAUAAUGUAUUAUGUCCAAGACGGACAUAGUUUUUGGGAUUGGAUAUAUUUUGUAUUACUCAUUGUGAUCGGAUCGUUUUUUAUGAUCAACCUCUGCCUGGUCGUGAUAGCCACCCAAUUCUCCGAAACGAAGAAGCGCGAAAUGGAGCGGAUGAGGUUGGAAAGGGCGAGGUUCCAGAGCAGCAGCACGCUGGCGUCCUCGACGAACAACAGCGAGCCCACCAGCUGCUACGCCGAGAUCGUCAAGUACAUAGCGCACCUGUGGCGCCGGUCCAAACGAAGGCUGUUGAAAAAAAUUCGGUUAUACAGGGUACAAAGAGAUCUCCGAAGAGAUCAAAAAAUAACUAUGGGAGAGACAAUAAGACUAAACUGCACCAAGAGACAUCAUCCAAACUGUCCAAAAAUGAAACCGGUGCAAACAACUCAGAGCUUACCUAGCACAAGGGCAGUGUCCAGAGCAAGUUCAAUAUGUCUGAGUGAUCCAGGCUACCUCAGAUCGGAAGACGUGGAACUCUCGGUAGUGUCAUCAAGAAGACCGGGGUUGCUAAGGGUACCUGCUAUUUCCAAUCAAGAUAUAUCCAUUAAUAAUAAUGACAGUCCCACGAACUUGCUAUCGCCAACUUCGCUGCAAAAUAACCGGAGACGGUCCUCGGUUAUGUUCAGCGACAUCAUUGUGCUGCACGGACAACACGUUUCACCUUCCACAUCGGCCUCCAACCUCUUAUCGGUCAACAUUGAUAAGAAAAAUGUGUGCUCGAGCGAGAAAACCACACAAGCCGGCGACGGCAACAUCUGGCAAAUAACGACGCCGACAAAUCCCCAGCAAAUGCUGGAAACAAAGCAACAGAUCGCCCAGGAGUGUAACGACUUAAUGAACGGCGAGGCAAUGACUUGUCAGGAACUGUUGGCCCUAGGGGCCAUAAACGCCGCCUUGCCCACCGGCCAAAUCGUGCUCGAUUCCUUCUUCGAUUCGCUGUCAAAGGGAAUGAACAACCGACAGAAGAACAACGAAGAGUAUAGUGUUGCACACGUUGUUGGCGAAGAGGACUUCAGCUGUUGUAUCGAUCUAUGGCACUGCGAGUCGGAGUACAAAAACGAAACGCGUUCCAAAUUUUACAUCUGCUCGUGUAUGAUUAUCAAGGGCAUACUGGCAGGAAUAAAAACGGUCAGGAGAUACAUCAAGAGACUUGUAGAGCACCAGAUAUUUCAGCAUGGGAUUCUUCUAGCGAUCCUAAUCAACACUCUCUCGAUGGGUAUCGAACAUCACGAGCAAUCCGAGUGGCUCACCCAUUGCGUCGAAGUGACGAACGUGAUAUUUUCCGCGGUGUUCGCCGUAGAAAUGAUACUAAAAAUUUUAGCAGAUGGUCCAUUUGAAUAUAUUGCUAAUGGAUUUAAUGUAUUUGAUGGUGUAAUUGUGAUCUUAAGUGCCAUAGAAUUAUUUAAGAAUUUUACAAAGGACGAUGAAGAAGUGCACACAGAUUCAGGUCUGUCCGUUCUUAGAACUUUUAGGCUCUUGAGAAUAUUGAAAUUAGUUAGAUUUAUGCCGAAUCUCAGAAGGCAACUCUUUGUUAUGCUAAGAACAAUGGACAAUGUAGCCAUUUUCUUCUCUUUGCUCAUUCUUUUCAUUUUCAUAUUUAGUAUUCUCGGUAUGAAUAUUUUUGGGUGCAAGUUUUGUAAAGACGAACCUAAAUAUAAUUCAACUACCGAACUGUGCAAAUCGAAUUCCGACGAGGACAAAGAUCGAAAAAACUUUGAUUCCCUCCUCUGGUCGCUCGUGACCGUAUUUCAGAUAUUAACACAGGAAGACUGGAACAUGGUGCUCUCAAACGGAAUGGCGAGAACGACGCAUUGGGCGGCUCUCUACUUCGUCGCUCUCAUGACAUUUGGCAACUACGUUCUCUUUAAUCUGCUGGUAGCUAUUUUGGUUGAAGGUUUCAGUUCGGAAAGAAACGAAAGGAGGGAACGGGAACAGAGGGAAUUGGCAAGAAGAAAAAUGUCCUGUAUACUAGAAGCAAGCUUGAGAGAGAGUAAUGAGACUAGUAGCAGAUCGGAGAGUUCUUCUUCUGAUAGUUACUCACAGAGUAAGAAAAACUUUUGGAAGUCUGCCGACGAGAUAAGAAAAAUAAAAGACUUGAAUGACCAGAGGACGUUGGUUGCCCUUACUAACUGCGAUUUCAAAGAUAAAACCAAUGCAAGGGAGGGUUGCUACAUAAGAGAACCCAAGUGUAACAUACAAAAAGAAUCAUUACUGAAACAACCUAUAAGACAAUCGUCACCCCCUAUUAUAACGCACACUGCCGCCACACCCCAAGACUCCCCCAGCAACACCCUUGACGCUGACUUCCCCGAAUUCCUAUAUAACGUCACCAGUGUGGUCAGUGACGUCGAUGGCGAAAACUCCCUAUGUCCAUCUACUACAGAAUCAACCACCCAAAAAAGUUCUAGUCUAACUUUAUUGAAACCGCCAACAUUAACGCCGCCCCCAAUAACGUUUCGUAAUUUCGAGAAACUUCCAGAAGGUCCACUGCAUACACCAUCUGGGAAGAUAGUUAUUCACAACGAAAGGGUCGGUAUGAAGACUAUGUCGUUUUCCGAAAAAGUCGUUCAGCUAAAAAACAGCAACAAGAACGAAAUGAAACAACAUCCGGAUAAAGAAAAACUACAAAGGAAGAUGUCCUGGAAUCUUCCAAAGAGGCCAAGUUUAAGAAGAAAAAGAGACAAAUCAGGGUCAGAUUCUGAAGCAGUUCCCCUGAAUAAUGGUAGAGAUCAUUCCCAAUGUAACGGUCGUGGAGUUACUAGACAUGCCAGCUUAAGGAAUGAUUCAUUGCUGCAAUCAUCCAUUCGGAUCCAAAACGAUACACGAGAUACGCCAAAUAAUAAGGUUGCCAAAUCUGCCAUUAGUCCGCAAAAUUCUAUUAGAUGUAGAUCAAACACUUGCAGCGGCGCCAUGCCACAACAAGUAAACACACCCCCACCGGCUUUAACUAGACGCAAUUCACUGACAAAAUCCCCCAAAAGCACCACCAAACGGCACCAUCACCACUCCUCCAAACUGAACCUCAAGAGUGUCAGUCCGAUACUGUCCAAAAAAAUCGACCACAUCGAACUCAAGCCACUGAACAAUUUGAAAGAUAACACACUAACGGAAACGAAUUUAUCACAGACGAAACUGGAUGAAGCCUCGACUCACUCAUCGCCGAGGUUCAGCAUCUUGAACAGACUGGAAAUGUUACUGGAACCUACCGGGUGUUUGAAAGGGAGAGAAGAAUAUUCGUUGUACCUGUUUUCACCAGAAAAUAGUUUUCGUAAAAAGUGCACCUGGUUGGUCGAACAAAAAUAUUUUGACAACAUGGUACUCCUCUUCAUUGCUAUGAACUGCAUCACUUUGGCAAUGGAAAGACCAAACAUUCCACCCGAUAGUCCCGAAAAGAUCUUUCUUCAAAGUUGCAAUUACAUAUUCUCUAUUGUGUUCGCCUUUGAGAUGUUUGUCAAGGUUGUAGCAGCCGGUAUGUGUUACGGCCCAAACGCCUAUUUUACAUCAGGCUGGAACAUAAUGGACGGAUCGCUUGUAAUCAUCUCAGUGAUAGAUAUCAUCAUGUUCCUUAUUAACGACACCACCUCAAGAAUCUUUGGAAUACUCAGAGUUUUUAGGUUGCUUAGAUCCCUUCGACCUUUAAGGGUAAUCAACAGAGCACCUGGUCUAAAAUUAGUAGUACAAACUCUCCUUUCAUCCUUAAGACCCAUCGGCAACAUUGUCCUUAUUUGCUGUACGUUUUUUAUCAUUUUUGGAAUACUGGGUGUCCAGUUGUUUAAGGGAACGUUUUACCAUUGCGUUGGAGAAAACUUGACAGGCAUAACAAACAGGAACGAGUGCGAAUUCCGAAACUACGAGUGGAAGAAUGAGAAGUACAACUUCGAUGACUUAGUGCAGGCACUUAUGUCACUAUUCGUAUUAAGUUCACGAGAUGGAUGGGUGAACAUUAUGUACACUGGCUUAGAUGCUGUAGGCGUGGACAAACAACCUGUAACCAAUUUUAAUGAAUGGAGACUGCUGUAUUUCAUUUCGUUCAUUUUGCUGGUGGGAUUUUUCGUGCUGAACAUGUUCGUGGGAGUGGUGGUGGAGAAUUUCCACCGAUGCAGGGAGGAACAGGAAAAAGAGGAAAGGAUUAGAAGAGCUGCUAAAAGGGCAUUGCAGCUAGAAAAGAGAAGACGAAAAAUGAACGAACCACCCUACUACAUCAACUACGCGCCAUGGAGGCUGUUCAUCCACAAAAUAGUGACGUCGAAGUACUUCGACCUCGCCAUUGCGGCUGUGAUAGGUUUAAACGUCGUCACCAUGGCAACGGAAAGCUACAGGAUGCCCAACACGUGGGAAUACGUCCUGCGAAUCUUCAACUACUUCUUCACGGCCGUCUUCAUUUUGGAAAGCAUCAUGAAACUGGUCGCUUUAGGCUUUAAGAUGUACAUAAAGGACAAGUGGAAUAUAUUGGACGUAGUGAUCGUUAUAUUAUCAGUUGUGGGGAUUAUUAUCGAGGAAAUGAAAGAGAAUGAGAUGAAGAUUAUUCCUAUCAAUCCUACCAUUAUUAGAGUGUUGAGAGUAAUGCGGAUCGCACGCGUCCUUAAACUCCUAAAAAUGGCAAAGGGUAUCCGUGCACUUCUAGACACGGUCAUGCAGGCCCUACCCCAAGUAGGCAACCUCGGCCUGCUCUUCUUUCUUCUCUUCUUCAUUUUCGCCGCCCUCGGUGUGGAGCUCUUUGGCCGUCUAGAUUGCAAGGUCACCCAUUGCCAGGGUUUAGGAGAGCACGCACACUUCGAAAACUUCGGCAUGGCCUUCUUGACGCUGUUCAGAGUGGCGACCGGUGAUAACUGGAACGGGAUCAUGAAGGACACUUUGUACAACGAGGAAUGUAACCCCGACGACGACUGUAUUAAGAACUGUUGUAUUUCGCCGAUCAUCGCACCGAUAUUCUUUGUGAUUUUCGUCCUGAUGGCCCAGUUCGUGCUGGUGAAUGUUGUAGUGGCUGUACUAAUGAAGCACCUAGAGGAGUCGCAUAAACAUCUUGAGGAUGAGCAGGAUAUGGACAUUCAGUUGGAGAGGGAGUUUCAAGAGAAACAAGAGCAGAAUGAGAGGAGAGAAUUGUGUUUGGCACUGCAACUGGAUCAAGAAUGUCACCGUCAGCUUAAGCCGAAACAACUUAAAAAGGUCCUUUCCUUACCAUCAAAUUUCACAUUCGAUUCCUCCAACACGGCAAAAGCAAUCCUGGAAAGGCAGCCAUCCCAGUCACGUCGCCAAACCCUUCACAGCCACCUGCCAAUCAUCCUUUCCAAUCUGGACGACAUGAAAAACAUCGACGACUCCAUCUCGGACAUUUACAGUAUCCAAGAGGUGGUCAACUUCGAAGACUCGCCCGAAGAACACAGAACUUGUCGAGAAUCGAUAAAGCUAAACGUAGACGAAAUCAUAACGUAUCCUCCUAUAGAGUCGCUCACAUCGUAUCAGCUCAAAGUGCCAAAGUUCGAGGAUCAGAAAGAAUUGAAAAGAAUAAACGAAAUGCAAGAGAGCAAUAAUAGACUGUCUAUUCCUUCGGAAACUAAACCCGUUAGCAGACAUUACGGCAGCACUAAGCACCUUUUCACCAAACAACUUAGCAUGGAAGUAUACGAAGAAACUCCAUUCCUCUUUCCAGGUGAGGCAAAACAUAUACCCAGUAACGAGGGGGAAUGCUCAUCCAGAUUACCCAAACACGACAGUCAGGAGAGUGUCCAACGAAUUAUUACUGAACGAAGAAAACUAGACGAAAACUUGAAGGAAUUUGAUCAUUACGACAUUUUCGACACAAAACAUAGCAGCGAAGAGAACUUAGUUGAUAAGGAUAGAAGCAACGACAGUAAGAAUGAAAAUUAUCAGCGAUGUCUAAUACUCUCAAAAUGUGUUGUGAGCAUCCUAGUAUAAAUCGCUCAGUGAAUUUUAUAGUAUUAAUUUAGGUGUAUAAAAUCUGUAUAGUAUUAAUAUUAGUCUUGUUUAUUUUUACAUAUCUUUUAAACGUUUACUACUUAGGUAAGCUAAAUGUGAAAAAUGUUUUUUAGGAAUUGUGGACAUAUUGUAAAAUAGAUAUACUUAAUGGUAUUUUUUCUAUGUAGAUAAUAUAAGACGUAAUUGUUCAUUAGACGAGGUCGUUAGUUUAAGAAAACGAUGUAAAAAUAACUUUUAGUAUUAAAUGGAUAAGAAUGUACAAUGUAGAACAAGAAAGUUACACAUGGUGUUCCUAAUGGUAGAUGAAAUAAGUAAGUUUAAAGAAAAAAAUAAUUACACAACCAUAAACAAUACAGUAACAUAUAAAUUUGCAUUAGUUUGAUAAAUACUAUAUGUUAUACAAAAUUUUCUUUUAAUCAGUAAUAGAUAAUAAAUCAUUAAUUUGCCAAUUUUCAUAUUAACUAAAAAUCACAGGCUAUUCAUUACACAGCCAGACGACAUCAUUUACAGCUUACCUAUAGUUCAUAUCAAAUAAACUUUUAGUCACGUGAUUAAGCUUGACGGGCACAACGUUGCUCACUUUUAUAUUUUCUUUUAAUCAAAAUAUUUUAUGAAACAAAAAUAAAUUAAUUAUAAA